UUCCAACUUCAGUCCCAAACUAGCUAUAUAGCUGUAGCUAAGUUAGCUUCAAUUAACAAAUAAUUAAUUAACUGCAGUCUAAUAAUCAAGCUAGAUCGAUAUCGAUGGAGAGCUUCCACCAGCUGCUGGGUGGCGGUGGCGGUGGCGGUGGAUACGAGUGUCUGGACUCCUGCGGCGGCGGCUGUGGCUGGGAAGCCAAUCUUCCACCUGGAUUCCGCUUCCACCCCACCGACGAAGAGCUCAUCACCUACUACCUUCUCAAGAAGGUCGUCGACAGCUCCUUCGCCGCUCGUGCCAUUGCGGAAGUCGACCUCAACAAAUGCGAGCCCUGGGAGCUUCCUGAGAAAGCGAUGAUGGGAGAGAAAGAGUGGUACUUCUUCAGUCUGCGCGACCGCAAGUACCCGACGGGGCUGAGGACAAACCGGGCGACUGAGGCCGGAUACUGGAAGGCUACGGGAAAAGACCGAGAGAUUUACAGCUCCAAAACCUGCGCUCUGGUGGGGAUGAAGAAAACCCUGGUUUUCUACCGGGGUAGGGCUCCCAAGGGUGAAAAGACUAACUGGGUCAUGCACGAGUACCGUCUUGACGGGAAGUUUGCCUACCAUUACUUCUCUAGAGCAUCUAAGGACGAGUGGGUUAUAUCGAGGGUAUUUCAGAAGAGUGGCGCCGCCCCGGCGUCGGCGACGGCGGCGGGGAAGAGAAGACUAACGGCCGAUGUCAUCAACCUCUACCCGGAUGUGAGCUCGCCGUCCUCCGUCUCUCUGCCGCCGCUGGUUGACUCUUCAUCCUACAACAACAACCACAACAACACUGCCACGUCAGCUCCGACAGCCGAGAGCUGCUCCUACGACGAAGACCCUGUCGUCGCCAAGGAGCACGUGCCCUGUUUCUCCAAUUCCCUUGACCUCCCGGCUGCGCUGCCGCCGCUCGGGUCAAAAUUCACCUCCCUCCUUGACCUGCCGCUGGUCCCAUCGUCCUUGUCCCGCUUUGCAGCUAUUCCGAGGACCAACAACAACAACGGUGAAAUAAUCUCGCCGUCGGCAUUCCCCAGCUUGAGGUCCCUCCACGAGAAUUUGCAGCUCCCGUUCUUCAUCCCCGGUGCUCCGCCGCUUCACGGUGGUCUCGCCGACCAGAUGGGCGGCUACGCCAUCUGGCCCCCCGUAGCCGAACCCCAGAAGGGUGGCAACUCCGAACUCGACUGCAUGUGGACCUAUUGAUUUCAGCUCUAGCUCGAUCAUUGUAUUUGACAUUGCGUGCAGACUACUCCCUCCCUUUUACCCCCAAAUUAUUUCACCUUUUAAAAAAGAAAUAAGUUUUGCACUU